AUGGCGGGAGGCCGGGCAGGAUGGCGUCCCCGAGGGGCCGCCCGGGCGGAGGCGGCCGUGGCCCGCCCCGGGGCCGGCCAGGGGGCGAAUCGGCAGAGCCAGGUCCGGAACGUGGCGCCGAGCGGCCGGGCUGAGAUCGGGUUGGCGGGGGGCGGCGGCCUCAAGCGGGAGGAGCCGCGGGAGGAGGAGGAGGAGCCCCAGCACCAUGGAGCAACAGGCGGCGCCGCCCGCCCCGCCGGGGGCCGCAGCGGGGGGCCGGGCUCGGCGGCGGCGGGAGCGAGACGCAGAGCCUCCCCGGAAGAGACUAUUUCUUUCUUUGGAUCAAAAUCUUGUGGAAAAAGAAGUCCUGACAGCUCCAUGUUGAGCAAAGCUGAAUUUGUAGAGAAAGUCCGUCAGAGCAACCAGGCUUGCCAUGAUGGCGAUUUCCGUACAGCGAUCACGUUGUACAAUGAGGCUCUGGGAGUCGACCCGCAGAACUGCAUUCUCUACAGUAACCGUUCUGCAGCCUACAUGAAGAUUCAUCAGUAUGACAAGGCACUGGAUGAUGCGAUCAAAGCACGACUUCUAAAUCCCAAAUGGCCAAAGGCAUACUUCCGGCAGGGCGUAGCCCUUCAGUAUCUUGGCCGYCAUGCAGAUGCACUGGCAGCAUUUGCGUCGGGCCUGGCUCAAGAUCCCAAGAGUCUUCAGCUUCUGGUUGGCAUGGUCGAGGCCGCCAUGAAGUCUCCCAUGCGAGAGUCCCUGGAGCCAACCUAUCAACAACUGCAGAAGAUGAAGCUGGACAAGAGCCCCUUUGUUGUGGUGUCUGUGAUAGGCCAGGAACUUCUGACUGCAGGUCAUCACGGUGCCUCUGUGGUUGUGCUAGAAGCUGCCCUGAAGAUCGGCACUUGCAGCCUGAAGCUGAGAGGAUCAGUGUUCUCUGCACUGAGCAGCGCUUACUGGUCCCUGGGGAAUACAGAGAAGAGUACCGGAUACAUGCAGCAGGACCUGGACGUAGCCAAGUCUUUAGGUGACCAGACGGGAGAAUGCCGAGCUCAUGGAAAUCUGGGCUCCGCAUUCUUCUCCAAAGGAAACUACCGGGAGGCCCUUACAAACCACAGACAUCAGCUGGUGCUCGCCAUGAAACUCAAAGACAGAGAGGCAGCGUCCUCAGCACUGAGCAGUUUGGGCCAUGUGUACACAGCCAUUGGAGAUUACCCAAACGCGCUGGCUAGCCACAAGCAGUGCGUCCUCCUCGCAAAGCAGUCCAAAGAUGAACUCUCUGAGGCUCGGGAGCUGGGCAACAUGGGGGCAGUGUACAUUGCAAUGGGGGAUUUUGAAAAUGCCGUGCAAUGCCAUGAACAGCAUCUUAAGAUCGCCAAGGAGCUGGGGAACAAGCGUGAGGAAGCCCGAGCCUACAGCAACCUAGGCAGUGCUUACCACUACCGGAGGAACUUCGACAAAGCCAUGUCCUACCACAACUAUGUGCUGGAGUUGGCCCAGGAGCUGGCUGAGAAGGCCAUUGAGAUGCGAGCUUAUGCUGGUCUGGGCCAUGCAGCUAGAUGUAUGCAGGACCUGGAGAGGGCUAAGCAGUACCAUGAAGAGCAGCUGCACAUUGCUGAGAGCCUGCAGGACCGAGCUGCUGAAGGCAGAGCCUCCUCCAAUCUAGGAAUCAUCCACCAGAUGAAAGGCGACUAUGACACUGCGCUGAGGCUGCAUAAAACACAUCUGUCCAUUGCUCAGGAGCUAAGUGAUUACGCUGCCCAGGGCAGGGCCUAUGGCAACAUGGGCAAUGCCUACAACGCUCUGGGCAUGUAUGACCAGGCAGUGAAGUACCAUCGGCAGGAGCUGCAGAUUUCUAUGGAAGUGAAUGACCGGGCCUCUCAGGCAUCCACGCAUGGGAACUUGGCAGUUGCCUAUCAAGCACUAGGUGCUCAUGACCGUGCUCUGCAGCACUACCAAAAUCACCUCAAUAUCGCCCGAGAGCUGCGAGACAUCCAGAGCGAAGCACGGGCCCUCAGCAACUUGGGCAACUUCCACUGCUCUCGAGGCGAAUUUGUGCAGGCUGCCCCUUACUACGAGCAGUACCUGCGCUUGUCCCAGGAGCUGCAGGACAUGGAAGGGGAGGGAAAGGUUUGCCAUAACCUUGGCUAUGCCCAUUACUGCCUUGGGAACUAUGAAGAAGCUGUAAAGUACUAUGAGCAGGAUCUUGCCUUAGCAAAGGAUCUUCAUGACAAGCUGAGCCAAGCCAAAGCAUAUUGCAACCUUGGUUUGGCCUUCAAAGCCUUGAUGGACUUCAGCAAAGCAGAGGAGUGUCAGAAGUAUCUACUCUCACUGGCUCAGGCUCUGAACAAUUCCCAGGCUAAAUUUCGAGCUCUGGGAAACUUGGGGGAUAUUUUUGUCUGUAAGAAAGAUGUAAAUGGUGCAAUAAAAUUUUAUGAACAACAGUUGAGCUUAGCCCAUCAUGUUAAAGACAGGAGACUGGAAGCCAGUGCCUAUGCAGCCUUGGGCUGUGCAUACAGGAUGAUACAGAAGUGUGACAAGGCUUUAGGCUACCAUACACAAGAACUAGAGGUGUACCAGGAGCUGGGGGAAAUGCCGGGGGAAUGCAGAGCACAUGGCCACCUUGCUGCAGUGUAUAUGUCGCUUGGAAAGUACACCAUGGCUUUCAAGUGCUACGAAGAACAGUUGGAGCUUGGGCAGAAGCUGAAGGACCCUAGCAUAGAAGCCCAAGUCUACGGUAACAUGGGCAUUACCAAGAUGAACAUGAACGUCAUGGAGGAAGCUAUUGGCUACUUUGAACAGCAGCUGGCCAUGCUGCAGCAGCUCAGUGGAAACGAAUCUGUGUUGGACCGAGGCCGAGCCUACGGGAAUCUGGGAGACUGUUACGAAGCUCUGGGAGACUUUGAGGAAGCUAUAAAGUAUUAUGAACAGUACCUGUCUGUGGCUCAAAGUCUGAACCGUACGCAAGAUCAGGCAAAGGCAUACCGGGGCCUGGGCAAUGGACACAGGGCUAUGGGGAGCUUGCAGCAGGCUCUGGUGUGCUUUGAGAAGCGACUUGUGGUGGCACAUGAACUGGGGGAGGCCUUUAACAAAGCGCAGGCCUAUGGGGAGCUGGGCAGCCUGCACAGCCAGCUGGGCAACUACGAGCAAGCCAUUUCAUGCCUGGAGCGGCAGCUGAACAUCGCGCGGGAGAUGAAGGACCGAGCUCUGGAGAGCGACGCUGCCUGUGGCCUCGGUGGCGUCUACCAGCAGAUGGGAGAGUAUGACACAGCUCUGCAGUACCACCAGCUGGACCUGCAGAUUGCAGAGGAGACCAACAACCCCACGUGCCAGGGCCGGGCCUACGGGAACCUGGGUCUGACCUAUGAGUCCCUGGGCACAUAUGAGAGAGCAGUUGUCUAUCAGGAACAACAUCUCAGCAUUGCUGCGCAGAUGAACGACCUUGUAGCCAAAACUGUGUCUUACAGCAGCUUGGGAAGGACUCACCAUGCCUUGCAAAACUACUCUCAGGCUGUCAUGUAUCUGCAAGAAGGACUGAGGCUGGCAGAGCAGUUGGGUCGCAGAGAAGACGAAGCCAAAAUCCGCCAUGGCCUGGGCCUCUCCCUCUGGGCGAGUGGGAACCUGGAGGAGUCCCAGCACCAGCUUUACCGGGCCUCGGCACUGUUCGAAACGAUCCGACACGAGGUGCAGCUGAGCACAGACUACAAGCUGUCGCUCUUCGACCUGCAGACAUCCUCCUACCAGGCCCUGCAGCGGGUGCUCGUCAGCCUUGGUCACCACGAUGAAGCCUUGGCUGUGGCCGAGAGAGGACGAACGAGGGCCUUUGCUGAUCUGCUUGUGGAACGCCAGACAGGACAGCAGGACUCUGAUCCCUAUUCUCCAGUGACCAUUGACCAGGUCCUGGAGACUGUGAACAGCCAGAGGGGACUUGUUCUCUACUACUCGCUGGCUGCAGGUUAUCUCUACAGCUGGCUGCUGGCUCCUGGGGCAGGAAUCCUCAAGUUUCACGAGUGCUACCUGGGCGACGGGCUGGUGGAGAGCGCGGGGGACUUCCCGGAGGGCAGCAGCACAGCGCUGCAGACGGCGACAAGCUCGGCGCUGGAGCUCUACAUCUCCAGCGUGCGGGAGGCGCUGGGCGUGGAGUCCUACUACACCCGAGCCUGUGCCAGCAGUGAAACUGAGAGCGAAGCUGGGGAUAUCAUGGACCAACAGUUUGAGGAGAUGAAUAACAAGCUGAACUCGAUGACUGAUCCAACUGGCUUCCUGAGGAUGGUGAGCAGGAACAACCUCUUGAACAGGAGCUGUCAGAGCAUGACCAGUCUGUUCAGCAGUACCAUGUCUCCUGUUAAGGAUGGGACAUCUUCUCUUCCAAGGAGGCAAACUUCUUUCACCAAGCCCCCGCUCCGUGCGCUCUAUGACUUACUGAUAGGACCCAUGGAAGGAGGUUUGAUGCAUUCCAGCGGUCCCGUUGGCCGCCACCGCCAGCUGAUCCUGGUUCUUGAGGGAGAACUGUACCUCAUUCCUUUUGCUCUUCUGAAGGGCAGUUCCUCCAACGAGUACCUCUAUGAGCGCUUCAGCCUCAUUGCGGUGCCGUCCAUCCAGUCGCUGAACCCCGUCUCCAAGUCCCACGUGAGGAAGAAUACUCCUGCUUUCUCCAGUUCUACCUCAAUGGCAGCUGUCAUGGGAAAUCCCAAGCUCCCGUCAGCAGUUAUGGACAGGUGGCUGUGGGGACCUAUGCCCUCUGCAGAAGAGGAGGCCUAUAUGGUGUCCGAGUUACUUGGCUGCCAACCCUUAGUUGGCAACGCGGCAACAAAGGAGAGGGUUAUGAGUGCCCUGUCUCAGGCAGAAUGUGUCCAUUUUGCCACCCACAUCUCCUGGAAACUGGCUGCCUUGGUCCUGACACCCAACACUGACAGCAAUCCAGCCAGCAGCAAGAGCUCUUUUGGGAACCCCUACACAAUCCCAGAAUCCCUUCGGAUGCAGGAUGAUGCCAGCGAUGCAGAGAGCAUCUCGGACUGCCCUCCUCUCCAGGAGUUUCUGCUCACAGCAGCUGAUGUCCUGGAUCUGCGGCUUCCUGUUAAAUUAGUGGUUCUUGGGUCUUACCAAGAAUCCAACAGCAAAGUCACUGCUGAUGGGGUCAUUGGCUUGACAAGAGCAUUCCUGGCUGCUGGGGCCCAGUGUGUGCUGGUGUCACUAUGGCCUGUUCCUGUGGCUGCUUCCAAAAUGUUUGUGCACGCCUUCUAUUCCUCCCUCUUAAAUGGGAUGAAAGCCAGUGCAGCCCUUGGGGAAGCAAUGAAGACUGUACAGAGCAGCAAGCAGUUUUCACACCCAUCCAACUGGGCAGGCUUCACGCUCAUCGGGAGUGAUGUGAAGCUGAACAGCCCUUCUUUGCUGGUGGGACAGGCCUUGACCGAGAUUCUGCAGCACCCUGAGAGGGCACGGGAUGCUCUGCGUGUCCUGCUGCAUCUGGUGGAGAAGUCAUUGCAGCGGAUCCAGAACGGGCAGCACAACUCCAUGUACACUUCCCAGCAAAGCGUGGAGAACAAAGUGGGCGGCAUUCCCGGCUGGCAGGCGCUGCUCACGGCCGUGGGCUUCCGCCUGGACCCCCCCGCCAGCGGGCUCCCUGCCGCCGUGUUCUUCCCCACGGCGGACCCCGGCGAGCGGCUGCAGCAGUGCAGCACCACCUUGCAGUCCCUCCUUGGUUUGCCGAACCCUGCACUUCAGGCACUUUGUAAACUUAUCACAGCUUCAGAAACCGGAGAACAGCUUAUCAGUCGGGCUGUUAAAAAUAUGGUGGGAAUGCUGCAUCAAGUCUUGGUUCAACUUCAGGCAGGAGAAAAGGAGCAAGAUUUCUCCUCCGCACCAAUCCAGGUUUCAAUCAGUGUCCAGCUCUGGAGGCUUCCUGGCUGUCACGAGUUUUUGGCAGCUCUAGGGUUUGAUCUCUGUGAAGUUGGGCAAGAGGAGGUGAUUCUGAAAACUGGGAAACAAGCUAAUAGGAGGACAAUGCACUUUGCUCUACAGUCCUUGCUGGCACUUUUUGAUUCUACGGAGCUUCCUAAGCGCCUUAGCCUGGACAGUUCCUCAUCACUAGAAUCUCUGGCUUCUGCUCAGUCUAUUUCCAACCCAGUAUUACCUCAGUAUCAAAACCCUCCAUUCUCUCCUACUUGUCCGGAUAGCAUUGCAUCAGAUGCCAUUUCUGUGUAUAGCCUGAGCUCCAUUGCUUCUUCCAUGAGUUUUGUUUCCAAGCCAGAGAGCAAUCCAGAUGGUGCCGGGCACAGAGGGCGCCAGGACUACGAGAGGCCCAAGAACGUCUAUCCACAUAGGCCUUCUGCAGCACAGAGCCAGCUGUCACUGCAAACCAGCACUGCAGUGAGCAAAGAUGAGGAGGAAUAUGAAGGAUUUUCCAUAAUUAGCAAUGAGCCUUUGGCCAGUUACCAAGAAAACAUAAAAACAAGAUUUUCCCCUGAUCAUAAACAGCCUAAAACUGGUCAGACUGGAAGUAUUAAAGAAUCUGUCAUUUCCAAGGGGAAUCUAAGUACCCCAAAUUCUCCAGUUAAAAUGACUCUUAUUCCCAGUCCAAAUUCACCUUUCCAAAAAGUUGGGAAACUUGCAAGUUCUGAUACUGGGGAAUCUGACCAAUCUAGCACUGAGACAGACAGCACUGUCAAGUCCCAGGAGGACAGCARUCCAAAGCUUGAUCCCCAAGAGCUGGCCCAAAAAAUUCUGGAGGAAACUCAGAGUCACCUCAUUGCUGUUGAACGUCUUCAGAGAAGCAGCAGUCAAAUAAGCAAAAGCAACAACUCGGACGACGGGGCCUCCACACCUGCAGGUGCAUCUGCGUUCAGAUCCUCGGAGACCAGUGCGUUCAGUAGGCCAGUCAGCUCCAGUCAGAAGAACCAGUCGUCACCUGUUGCAAUUAAACCAAAGCCUCCAACAAGGAGUUCGUCCCUGCAGAAAGUGAGUUCUGGCUAUAACAGCCCCACGACAUCCGAGAUGUCGAUCAAAGAAGGCACGGGCCCGUACAGCGGGCAUCCAUCGCCAAGUUCUGAUUCACAUGGAUCCUUAACUGAGCAGCCCCACUUCAAACUCAAGUACCCCAGCUCUCCUUACAGUGCUCAUAUUUCUAAAUCACCCAGAAAUAUCUCUCCAAGCUCAGGGCAUCAGUCUCCUGGUGGCAGCACUCCAUCUCCUGCUCUGUCUUAUUCCUCAGCUGGUUCUGCUCGCUCAAGCCCAGCUGAUGCCCCAGAUAUAGACAAACUAAAGAUGGCAGCCAUUGAUGAAAAAGUGCAGGCAAUUCACAACUUAAAGAUGUUCUGGCAGAACACUCCCCAGCACUCCCCUGGCCCAAUAAAGAUCUUCCGAGGAGCUCCUGGAACAAUGACUUCUAAGAAAGAUGUCCUCAGCUUGCUAAACUUGUCCCCACGACACAGCAAAGAAGAAAGUGCAGAUAAGCUGGAGCUAAAGGACCUAUCUAUUCAGCAACACCUUGCUUCUCCACAGAGGAACCCUCCUAAUGGACACAGGCGCCCUGAGUCCACAAAUGCAGUGACAUCAACUCAUUCUACACCUUCCAGUAGUGCUCCGGGAACUGUGCGCCCUUUGAGGCUGCCAUCUGGGAAUGGGUAUAAGUUCUUGUCACCGGGAAGAUUUUUUCCUUCCUCCAAAUGUUGAAAUGUCCUGUAUACCAACUGAUGACUUACCGUUUCGUUAAAAGUAUUUGCUUCUGCCCACUUGCCUAUAUCAAUACAGAACCAUAGCAUAUUGCCUGAAAAGCCGUGCGCACCCCAGUCGGCACCGCAUGGGAGUGCAACAGGUUGGCCCUGCGUUCGCCGCAAGAACGCGGGCUGUACGUAGAUGGUUUUGGUUCCCCUUACCUGGACCAUGGACAGACUCACUUGGUAACAGUUCUAACAGUGUUCAGUAUUUGCAGCAGCAGGUCCAAUGAAUCUAGUUGUCUGUGCAUAAAAUUAGCUCUUAAGCCACUUACUUGCGUUUCUUAUCUUAACAGGAGCUUUUUAUACAGAAAUUAAUACAUAUCAGGGAUUGGGGAGGGAAGUGAGAGAAGGCAAAACUUUCAUUUAUACCACAAAGAAAGAGUAUGCACAAGUUUCUGCCUAGAGAAGUACAAGCCAUUUCUUUGAUUGCUUUUGGAGGCUGAUGAAGAGGGUAAGACGCCCAGAUCGCUCUGCUGAGUUAGCCGAAUGCAGGUGCAGCCCCUCCGUAGCAGUGUGAUGCUGGCACUUGUCUAGCACCGUGCAGCGGCUGCGGAUGCAGAGGGGAGGAGAGGGGUGUCCCAUUGCAAAACCUCCUUCUCGAGUACUGUGGCUCUGGAGUGAAACCAUUCAGGUGAAUUUUUUUGCUGGUUGCUUUGCUCCCAGAAUAAUGUUUGGGGCAUAAUGAACAAUCUGAGCCUUUCACGUGAGCUGGGGGAGUGUGUCAGAGAAAAGUUCCAGUUUUAUUGAACUGGUCUUUCUGGCACCUAAAUUCAUAAAGGUAGAGUUUUUAUCUUGGCAAGUAUUUGAUCUGCACAGACGUCUUCUGCCUGCUAAAUGUGCACAGAAAAGGGAGAGAAAUGCUGAAGCUUAGCAGUAUUUUACAGUUCCACAGUAUACAGAAAUCUGACAUGAGGGUAAUGUGAUUUAGAAAACACAUGCCCAAAUAAAUCCAUCGCUAAAUCUGCUGAAUCUUUCCAGGUCAUCAAAUCCUUUCCCUCCUGUGGAAACUCAUUUCUUUUGCAGAUGAGUGCCCCAGAGUAAGCACAUGAGAUGGGUUUAUGUCCGCAUGCAAUCCAAACAUGUGAAGGAUGGACGUGCCAUGCAGACUGGCUGCUUGCAGAAUCUAUGCAUCCUCUGACCCAUGGAGAGAAUAGUAAAAAAGAGCAGCCCAGGCAUGAUGAGUAAAACACAAUUCUCUCUCUUAGGCUGUGCUUAGGUAUAACAGAUCAUUUUUGACAGGUCUGGGGUUUUUUCAUGUGGUCAUUCAAAUGCAGUGAGGUAAUAAUCACAGGUGAUAACUCAGAUGCACUGAAAUUAUGACAUGUGGUAGCUUUAAUGCAGCCACGUUGCACUCUUGGAUCGAAGAGAAGUAUUUUGCAGGCCACGAGCUAUGAAGUCGGAGCACUGGAUCACCAAGGCUUUUGGUUUCUGUUCUGCACUCCCCGAGUUUCUUGGGCAACUGGGGGCUAAUCACUUCACCUCUCUGUGCCUCGUCUUCCCUUCUCAGUGGGGAUAGUAAUACUUACCUACCUACCUCACAGAGGUGUUGUGAGACUUAACUGGUUAAUUAGGUCCCGCAUUUCAGUCAGAUCUUAAGUCAACUUCCAGCCUUGCACGGACUCCCUGAAGGGAGAGUGCAGUCAGCUCCAACUGCACGAGGGGGACAUGGUCGAUGCAGACAGUUGUUCCUCUCAUCAUGUCUGGAUGCUCCUCUUGAAAAUAUGGACCUGACCAUGUGUGAUUUUCUUUAGGAUCUUGGAGGAAAGGUAUGGUAGCAGGACAGAAGAUUAAACUCUUGACACCUUAAUAUAACCUUGCUUACAUUCAGCUUUCUGAUGGUGCACAUAUCAAAUGCUUACAUUGAUUAUAUGCAAGAAUACAGUGGUUUUGGAGGAAUGCUUUCCUUUUCACCAUUGCAAGGAAUUAAUAUGAGCACUGAAGACCUAGAAUAUAGAACCGUGUUGUUUUAGCCAGCUAAUGAGGGAUGGAUGACAAGAGUUUCAGAAAUGAAAGACAAGACUUUAGUUGUUCAUUUAUUCAUGUUACGUAAUGUAGCAAAACAAGAAAAAUCUCACGUGACCAAGUUACUUGUCGGUGCAUUACGUUUUCCGGUGACGGAUUGGUGCUAGGUAUCUUCUUCCUUAAGCAGGAAGAGACAGAAUGGCGGUCAGAACGGAGUCAGUGCAACACGUACAGUUCGUGUAGACAGAGAUACUGCUGAUGGUGCAACCCGUGGUGGUCACAAGAUUGCCCGGAGGCUCCUGGUGACCAGCUCUGUGCAUCACCCACACAGCCCACAGCCCAGGGACAUCCAGCAUGGAAGUGGCAGCUUUUUGCUUAUAGCAACAGCAAAUACUCCCUGCACUGCUGCAUAACAGAAACAAGCCUCUCUACUUUCAGUUUACUUCCAUAACUAAAGGAUCUUUAAUCUGUAGAAAUUAUAUAUUGCCAUUUUGGUACAGCCCAUUUUUAUGCUGUCAGCAGGUUUCACAUUGGCUUUGGAUAACUAACUCUUUCUGAAAAGUUAAGUCCUUUGUUGUUGUAUGACUGGGAGGGGGAAGCUCUAGAAGCAGUUGAGACGUAGCAGAAGUUCCGUAUUUGGGAAAUUGGCACUAUAUAAAUAUGGACGGUAAGUGUCGGUAGAACAAGUCUUUCGAGAAAUGUAUUUCCAUUGAGACCGGGCACUUCCACUGGCUUAUUGAGAGCUAUGAACAUGCAUGCUUGUCAUGGUUGGGAUACACUCACGCACCUCGUGCCUCACUCCUCCACCCCCUGAAUGAGAAAGAACCCUUUAGUGAGGAAAAAAAAGUUUUAUCAGGUUUGCCCAGUAUGUGGAGAAAUUCAGGAAAUGAAAACAACAUGUUCUCCUUUUGAUAUUAGAAUUCCUUCUGUGGAGUUAAAUGCAUUUGUCGUUGUUGUAUUUGUGCAUGGUACAAGUGACAACACUGCUAUAUACAGUGAGCAAUAAGAAUUAGGUAUUAUCCACUUUCACAUGAAACCUUCCACAUUCAGAAAAUCCCCAAGGCAAUAGAAUGUAUUUUAGUUUGGUUUUACCCAGUACAUUUUACUGUGUGAGAUACUAAUUACAUAUAUUUUAUUGACUGUCUUUAGUUUAAGCUAAAAUGGGAAUAGUAAACAGUCUCAGUGAUCAAAACAGUUUCAUUUCAUUUUGUUGGUUAGCCUGAACUUUGGCCAGGUACCGAUUUUUUCCUUCUUUUUAACCAUAUCUUAUUUAAGCAAGGAAAACGCAUUGAAGGGGUGCACCACCCAUAGGUCUAGCCCUCAGCCAUAUUUCCUUUCGUUAGGUCAGACUUCUCUGUUUGAACAUCUCCUUCAGAUGGGGCUGGUGCAGGAGCACGGCCGAUCUGCGGGGUGUUACGAAGCAGUGGUCGCUCUGGGCUGGUAAGAGUGGACGGGAGCGGUUUGGGGAUCACGGCGCCCCGCGUGCMGCGCAGAGGCUGCGUGGGCAGCCGAGUGCGCGGCUGGCGCCUUCACAAGGACUUUGGGCAUGGAAUUCCACGGGGACCAUCAGCAGGGCUCCUCCCGGCAGCAGCCCCUCGCACUUGCUCUCCUUGUAUGCAGUGUUAGCCAUCUUUGGCCUGUAUGGACUUUUUUU